AUGGCAACUUGCGUUCAGAAACACCUCCGCAACAACCUGACACGCAACUUUCCCGUUUCACCGGCCUCGACUCACCCGCUCAUCUUGAUUGUACCCACUCCCUCCCACGCUCGCCGGCAACCUCGUGACCGACCACAGCAUCGGUCACCCUCUCAACUUCGAAUUGCAUCGGGUAUCAUAUGCGAGCUUGCUACCCGCUUCACACUUCAUCUGGAGAUUCGCGGACCCGACGCACCAAGCCAGUGGUACAGCCCACCUCUAUCUGCCAGACUCGACGUUGCACAGUAG